UUGGUCAGGCACUUGUUCUGGUAAGUAUUUUUAUGUAAAGUUUGUUUUAGUUUAAGGCAUUAGUUGUCACAGUAUAACUUGCAGACUAUCAUUUAGCAUUUUCUGGGAACCUAUUAAAAAUACAAAUUCUUGGGCCCCACAGCAAAGCGAUUGAAGUAGAAUCUGUGGAGGUGGAACAAUCUCUGUUUUAAUAAAGGCCUUCCCAGGGUUUCUUCUAGCAUAUUAAAGUUUGAGAGCCACUAGUGUAGGAGAUGCCAUCCUUAUUAGAAAUGCUUUGAAGACUAAUGUUAUGCACAUUUAUUAGGAGAGAUGCACAUUUUCCUAGUGCCCUUAAUCUUUAUUAGAUUUGUAUAAUCUAUAAUCAUUCUUGAGGUGUUUCUUUCCAUUGCUUUCCAAAUUAAACUCUUAAAGGUUAUUACUGCUUUUGUUCAUAAGUAUAUGAAGUAGAGCAUUUUCCUUUACUGUCUCAUUUACUAGGUGGAUAUGCAGUGGGUACAGGUUCUGGCAGAAGGUUGGGCAACCCCCCUGAAUGGCUUUAUGAGAGAGAGGGAGUACUUGCAGUGCCUUCAUUUUGAUUGUCUUCUGGAUGGGGGUGUCAUUAACUUGUCAGUACCUAUAGUUCUGCCGGCUACUCAUGAAGACAGAGAGAGGCUGGACGGCUGCACCGCAUUUGCUCUGAUGUAUGAGGGCUGCCGUGUGGCUAUUCUUCGCAACCCAGAGUUUUUUGAGCACAGGAAGGAGGAGCGCUGUGCCAGACAAUGGGGAACAACGUGCAAGAACCAUCCCUACAUCAAGAUGGUUAUGGAACAAGGAGAUUGGCUGAUUGGAGGAGAUCUUCAAGUCUUGGACCGAAUUCGCUGGAAUGAUGGUCUUGAUCAGUAUCGUUUCACUCCUACUGAGCUAAAGCAGAAGUUUAAAGAUAUGAAUGCUGAUGCUGUCUUUGCAUUUCAAUUACGCAACCCAGUGCACAAUGGACAUGCUCUGUUAAUGCAGGAUACCCAUAAACAACUUCUAGAGAGGGGCUAUCGGCGCCCUGUCCUUCUCCUUCACCCUCUUGGGGGUUGGACCAAGGAUGAUGAUGUCCCUUUGAUGUGGCGUAUGAAGCAGCAUGCUGCAGUACUGGAAGAAGGAGUCCUGAAUCCAGAAACAACAGUGGUGGCCAUCUUCCCAUCUCCCAUGAUGUACGCUGGGCCAACUGAGGUAGACUGCUUUUAAGAUUUGAACUGCAGCACAGUUGAAAUCACAUUUACUAAUACAGCUAGAGUGGAUAUUUCUCUGAUCUGUUGGUCUGCUCCAGUCAUUGCCUGGAGUACUCUCAUGCUCUGUUGGGAAUGUUCUUUAGAGGUGGCCCCAGAAAAGCAGCCUUUUUGUGAACAAGAAGACAGAGACUUCUCUUGCUCUUAUUGUGGCUUUUGGUCCCAGUUUUGUGAAGGAGGGAACAUUCCCUGCAGACAGAUGGCUCAGUGAGCUUGGGAAGGUGUGACAGAGGUACCCCUUAAAACUGUUGGCUAGGUUACAGACUGAGCUCUGAUAAUACCCAUCUUAGUUCUUUAACAAAGUACUGUCAUUCUUCCCUGGAAACAGAUUUGGCCUGAUUUUUGUAGCUUCUAAAUUUUGGAAGGGCCACAGGUAUUUUAGUGGGAAGGUAAGCAUGGUACCUUUUAAAAAAUUCUCAGAAAACAUUCUUCAUCUGUUUAUAAAAGACUGGAGCAGAAUAGAGUCAGGAAGUAAAUUACUUUUUUUAAAAAAAAAUUAUUUUAAGUUAAUUUAUUUAUUUUGAGAGAGAGAGAAUGAGCCAGGGAGGGUCAGAGAGAGAGGGAGAGACAGAAUCCAAACCAGGCUCUGCACUGACAGCGCAGAGCCUGAUGCAGGGCUCGAACUCCUAAACUGUGAGAUCAUGACCUGAGCCGAAGCAAGAGUCAGACACUUAACUGACUGAGCUAUCCAGGUGCCCCAAAAUUACUUCUGGAUAUUGGGUGGGAGGAGGGUUCUGGAGUUCUCUUCAGUGGGCAAAAAGAAUGUUUUGAGAUCUUUUUAUGAGCAUACAUAUAGAAGAGUACUUAAUCAGGUUUUUGCUUCAAGGCAGAAUAGGCAUUCAAAAAAAAUUUUGUUGAAUGGAUGAAAAAAUCAAUGAAUGACCUAAGAAACAGUAUGUGGCAAAUUCCUAGCCAGCUUCUUGUUGAAUUUUCAAGAUGAAGUGCACAUUAUUGUUGCACUGUUUUUCAGCCCUUGAAAGGAGAUCAAUUUAUUUAUAUUUACUUGGGAGGCAAACCCUUUUAAAAAAGAUCUAAAUAAUUUGUGUAUAUUCUGUGAUGUCUUCCUCCAAAAACGUUUAGGAAAUCCAAGCGUGUUUGGCUGUUUAGGCUCAAGCCUAAAAAUUUUCAUUGGAACUUAGUUGCGGGGUUGUACAUUCUUACUCUUUAUCCAAGAAAAACUGACAAAGAUAAAACAAUCAUAACAAAAAAGCUGAAAGAUUAAAAUGUAUUUGACUCUCUUCUUAGAUCCAAUGUAAAUAAUGCAUUGGAACUUCAGUAGAUAAAACUCCUCAUAUUCUUCUCUCUUUGUUGGUAUCAAACGUUCAUGAAAAUGGAGCAGUGAUCACCCUUUAAGUUUCCUAGAGACUACUGCGACCUUUAGUUCUUAUAUCUCAAAGAGUGACUAAAUUGUUUUUGAGAAAAAGUAACGAAUUUUGUUCCAGUAGUUCCACACCCUUUCCUUUGGUGCUGUCUUCAUCAUCAUGUUAAAGGAAUCAUUUGGUCUGAAAUUCUGCGGAGUUUGGAUGAGUGGUUUUGAAAAUGGGAGUGACCCAAGCGACCAGCAUCAGGAAUAGGCUACCUAGGAAAGGGAAGGGCUUUACCAUCCCAAUCCAGGAUAUAUUUUGUCCUCUUUGUGUUUCGUUUCUUUGUCCUUAUGUAAAAGGGGAAGAGAGAUGACAUUUUAAAUAAACCAAAAAUUGCUUUUAAAAAGGGGAGGCUGAGAGGAUAAGUAGUAAAAACAGCCAGCUAUGGUAAAAACAGAUUAUGCUUUCUUGAGAGAACACAAUAGAGGAUGGAAGCAUGCUGUUUUGUCUACAUAGGAAAGGUUUUUACAUCUUCUGAUUUCAGAACCUGGGCUGUUUCUUAUGGAAGAUUCAAAGGUGAAGGUAUGUAAAGGUACAUUUGGGGUGCAAGCUAGCAUUUUGGCUUACCUAAGGGUUGAGUUUUUGGCAAGCAUAGCUGACUUGUUGGUGAGCUGGCUGCAGCAGGCCCUUCCUUGGCCUCAGAUUUGACUCCUGUGGCUACCCGUCGGGGCAUUGUCUGGUGAAGACACUACAAGCCUGCUGCCGGGGGAUCCAGGCAUGGUUGUGGUUUGCCACUGGUUGGUUUGUAAUCUCAGGUUAGGCUUCUUUGGACUUCUCUGGGUUACACUUAAACGCACAAUAAAUGAUUAUUUAACUGGUGCACAGGGAGGUCGGACUAAAUGUUCUUUAAAGGGUCUGUUCCAGGUCGUUUUCUAGUUUGUCUUAUUUUAUUUGAACCUCAUAUUUAAGUGUAGCAUACGUAGGAAGCAGCGCACGUUUUACAGAUGUAUGGUUCAAUGAAUUUCUCCCAUUUGAACAGUUAUACGGCCAGCAUCCAGACUUUAAAAAACAAAGACUAUUAAUCUGCACCCUAGAUGCUGUCCUUCCUGUCCUUCUGUUCCCUCCCUGUUUUCCCCCAGGUGGUCAUUGCUAUCCUCACUUCUUACAUCGUGGGUCCAAUUUGCUUGUGCCAAAGUGUGGAUACCCUGGGAAGCAGACUCUGAGAGCAAGGUUAGAGUUCAGGAAAUUUAUUAGGGAGAGCCCUUGGGAUCAACGCUCAUGGAAGAGGAGAGAGAGGAAGGGAGUGGGGUUGGGUAGAGGGAAAAGUUGAGCUGUGAUUCAGUCUUAGCGGAAGCCUGAUUUGACCCUAUGGAGUCAUGGAAAGGCCCUCAGAGAUGUUCCAUGUUGCAGAAGAAAUAGUCACUGACGCCCCUGUGUUGACCAGUGAUUGGCUGCCCAGGGAAGGGGCAUGCCCUUGGCCACUGUUGCUCUUUUCUGCAGAGGCAGUUUCUGAAGAAGGCUGACAGCUGCUGGGUGUGUGUUGGCCCCUCUCCCAGAAGCUAGGAAAGAGUCCUCUUUUCCUGGGGGGACCCAAGUGUUGCAUCACAACAUCCAGUCCAGCCUUUUUAUAACUGAAAUCAUACAGUAUAUACUUUUUUUGUGUCUGGUUUCUUUCAUUUUACAUUGUGUUUCUGAAACUCACAUCGUGUGUGGUUAUUCUUAGUACAGUCACUAAGUACUACCGUACUUGUGUGUGACUACACCCAAUUCUGUUGGUGGGCAUUUGGGCAGUCACCAGUGCUUUGCUAUUAAGAAUAAUGCUGGAAAAAAAAUUGGGUGUUGUAUGGAAACCAAUUUGACAAUAAAUUUCAUAAAAAAAAAAAAAAGAAUAAUCCUGGAGGUGGCUCAGUUGAUUAAGCAUCCAACUCUUGAUUUUGGCUUAGGUCAUGAUCUCACAGAUUGUGAGUUCAAGCCCUGAUGGUGUGGAGCCUGCUUGAGAAUCUCUGUCCUCCUCUCUUUCUGCCCCUCCCCCUGGCUCUCUCUCAAAAAUAAACAAACAUAAAAAAAAAUAGUGCUAGUAUGAGGAUUUUAAGUGCAUGUCUUUUCAUGGACAUUUGUGUUGGUAUAUUCCUAGGGCUAGCAUUGGUGGGUCAUAGGGUAUGCAUUUGUUCAGCUUCAGCACAUGCUGUGCAUCAGUUUUCCCUUGUGGUUGUACCAUUCUACUCUCC